CACAGUCACAGUCCUCAUUUGGCUAAAACCCCAAAUCUUACUCCUCCCUUAAACCCUAGAAGUAAAGAUUGAAGCUUUAGAGUUAAUUGAUCAAAAUUCAGAGAGGCCAUGCCAUCGUUUACGAAGCACAUCUUCUCCACAAUUUCCAACCCUAUUGGCCAUUCAUCUCAGGCCUCCAUUUCCGCUAGCUCGUUGAUUAAACUACGUCGUUUUAGCUCCGGUACUGAUCGUGGCCGUGAAAUGGAAGCGCCGGAGAAACAACCGCCGGAGCCGAUACCCAAUAGGCCCUUAAGAGGGCAGCGACCAUCGAAUCCCCGGGCCAAUGUUGAUAGAAGGAGAGAGAGCCAUCCCAAUGUAGAAAGGAGGAGGGAGAACCCUAAUCCGCCAUUGCAGGACAGCAGUUUUCUUGAGAAGCUCAAGAUGGGUCUUGACAAGUCGAAGAGAGAGAAGCCCCAGGAACCGGCGGAGGAGCCGCCGCCGCUGCAGCAGCCGCCGGAGGAGGCUAAUGAGAUAUUCAAGAAGAUGAAGGAGACGGGUCUGAUUCCCAAUGCAGUGGCCAUGCUUGAUGGGCUCUGCAAAGAUGGGCUGGUCCAGGAGGCAAUGAAGCUUUUCGGGUCGAUGCGCGAAAAGGGUACUAUUCCUGAGGUGGUGAUAUACACUGCUGUGGUGGAAGGGUUUUGCAAAGCCCAGAAGCCUGAAGAUGCUAAGAGGAUUUUCAGGAAGAUGCAGAGCAAUGGGAUUGUUCCGAAUGCGUUUAGUUACAAUGUGUUGGUGCAGGGGUUGUGUAGGUGUGAUAAGCUGGAGGAUGCUGCUGAGUUCUGUGGCGAAAUGUUGGAAGCCGGUCACUCGCCGAAUGUGACUACUUUUGUGGGGUUGGUUGAUGGGGUAUGCAAGGAAAGUGGCGUGGAAGAAGCUGGAAGUGUGAUUGGGAAGUUGAAGCAGAAGGGAUAUAUGGUUAAUGAGAAGGCUGUUAGAGAGUUUUUGGAUAAAAGGGCAACAUUUUCGCCAAUGGUUUGGGAAGCUAUCUUUGGGAAGAACCACCCAAAGAAACCUUUUUGAGUUUUCCUGCCUCUUAGAAGCAUAAGAAAUUGUAAGUUUUUCUGUUCUGGUGUUGAUCAUAAAGUAUCGAGUUUCUUUGGAUUUGUUAAAACACUGUAACCCCAGUUUUAUGAAGGGUAGCAUGAGAAGAGCAGCAAUGCCACCAAUGGAAAUUCACUUUAUUAAUGAUAGC